UUUUUUACCCAACAAAGCCAAUGUUGCAGAACCUUUACAUCGCUUAUUGGACAAAAAUGUUAAAUGGCGGUGGGAGGAAAAACAUAAACUUGCUUUCAAUGCUUCAAAGAAGCUCCUUUCUUCCGAUAGUAUACUGGCUCAUUACAAUCCCUCCAGCCAUCUUAUACUAACUUGUGAUGCAUCUCCUUAUGGUAUUGGUUGUGUGCUUAGUCAGGUUCGAGGGGAAAAGGAAGUUCCAAUUGCGUUUUAUUCCAGGACAAUGAGUCAGUCAGAACGAAGAUAUGCUCAAGUAGAUAGGGAAGCACUUUCCAUCAUUGGAGGGGUUAAAAAAUUCCACAAUUACUUAUAUGGGAGGCAUUUUGAAAUUAGAACAGAUCAUAAGCCACUUCUGGGUCUUUUCACUGUGGAUAAACAAACACCAAACACACUGUCACCUCGAAUGAUUCGCUGGAGUAUCCUUUUAAAUGGAUAUGACUUUGAUCUUGUAUACAAACCGGGGAUUUCUAUUCCGAAUGCUGAUGGUUUGAGUCGUCUUCCAUGUUCCUCCAAUGUUGUUGAUCAAGAGAUAAAUGAAGUCUUGAAUGACGUGCUAUACAUUGAAUCCGAUGAGGUUAAACCAAUCACCGCUAAUAUAAUAGCAAAAGAAACAGAAAAGGAUCCACUUCUAUCUAAAGUACUAUUAUGGACUCAACGUGGUUGGCCAACUCAUAACUCAGAUAUCAACCUUACGCCUUUCAUUUCUCGUCAAAAUUCAAUUUCUCAAUACAAACAAUGUUUACUUUGGGGAACUAGGGUGAUCAUUCCAUCCACUCUCAGGCAACAAGCUCUGAAGCUUCUACACAUGGGACAUGAGGGCAUUGUUCGAACAAAGGCGUUGGCUCGAAGCUAUUUCUGGUGGCCAAAACUUGAUCAAGACAUAGAAAACAUAGUGAAUUCUUGUCAAGCAUGUCAACAAAGUCGUCACAACCCUCCAAGAGCAACAGUUCUUCCCUGGGAGAAAACGAAACAACCCUGGUCUCGUCUCCACAUAGAUUUCGCUGGGCCCUUCCAAAACAAGUUGUUUUUGAUUGUUGUCGAUUCUUUCAGCAAAUGGUUAGAAGUAGUUUUGGUGCCUUCUACAGAUUCAAGAUCAACUAUAAAGGUCCUCAGAAGCCUUUUCGCAACACAUGGUGUUCCAGACACAAUAGUAUCUGAUAACGGGUCGGCUUUCACUUCACAAGAAUUUCGAUCGUUUAAUGAAAGCAAUGGCAUCCGCCACGUCGUGGUUGCACCAUACCAUCCGUCAUCGAAUGGUCAGGCAGAAAGGAUGGUCCAAACGACAAAAAAUUCUUUGCGACGAAUACUUCAAGGAGAUUGGCAAAAAAGAUUGGCUCAGUUCCUAAUAUCAUCUCAUAUAACGCCAAAUUGUUCUACUAAUAUGUCACCGAGUGAACUGCUGUUCGGAAGGCGUAUUAGAACCAUCUUAGACAGAGUUCACCCAGAUUAUUCUUCAAGUGACAAAGAAGAGAAAAUCUUGGAUAAAGCGCUUCACGAUUACCAACAGUCACCUCAGAGGAAAUUUAAAGAAAAUGACUCCGUAUUUGCAAGAAACUAUAAUCAGCGAGGACCAAAGUGGAUUCCUGCUAAAGUCACUAGAAUAACCGGGCCACUGAGCUACCAUUUGAUAACAAAAGAAGGCAUUGAAAUACGACGUCAUAUUGACCAAUUGAGACCUCGCUCAGAAACAUCAAAAGCAUCUACUAACUCACACUUGGAUAAUCCUGAAUCUCCAGUAAACCCACCAUUCCACCCACUACUCCAGAAUCCUAUUCAAAUGAGAACACCAGAAGCACAUCAUAUCACUCCAGUGCAACCACCAUCAAUGGUUCGCAAUCCUAUUAUGAUGAGAACACCAGACGUACAACCAAUGCGACCAUCAGUGAUGCAACAAUCUCGCAAUUCCUUUAGUGGUAUAGAAGGUUCAAUUAACCCUCAUCAAGAAGAUGCUGGUUUCAACGUUUCUGGUUUAAUUCAAGACUCCACUAGCAUGAGCACGAGUCCACAACCUGUUCGGUCACGUGUCUCUAGAUCAAACUCCCAAAACACUUCAAUGAGCAUGAGUCCUCGACCUGUUCGUAUCCGUCGACCACCGGCAUAUCUGAAGGACUACCUAACGGGGGGAGGAGUGUUAUGUAUCAAGAAAUAAGUCCAUA